UUUGGCCACCGCCGUAACACAAAACACCAGUUAACACAGAGAAUCCCGUUUCUGAACCAAAAUCGAAACCAUGCCGAGGCGCAGUGAUGAAAACGAGGACAAGGAAGAUCCAGUAGCCAUUAGAGAUGGCUCGGAUGAAGACGAAGCUAAUGAAGAUCUUAGCUUAAAGAUAUUGGAGAAAGCGUUAUCGAGGCGUGAGUUAGAUGAUUCAAAGGACACAAGUUUGUCGGAUCUCGGCGGUUCUGGUGUAGUAAGUACUUUGAUGGUGAAUGGACGAGAUUCAAAGAGUCAUAAGAAGAAGACGAAGACCAGUCUAGAAGAUGCCCACGAAAUUCCCAUUGUCUUGAAAGACCAAGAUGAAAAUAUACCAAAAGGGGAAGAUGAGAAAUCUGCUGAACCAACAUCUAGCAAUAUGGUUUUGAAAAAGCUUCUUCGUGGAGCGAGGUAUUUUGACCCACCUGAUGCUGGUUGGGAGACUUGCUAUAGUUGUGGGGAGCCUGGUCACGUUACUAUUAAUUGUCCAACUCCAACAAAGCGUAAGAAGCCUUGCUUUAUUUGCGGCAGUUUGGAACACGGUGCAAAGCAGUGUACAAAGGGACACGAUUGUUAUAUUUGCAAAAAAAGUGGCCACCGAGCGAAAGAUUGUCCAGAUAAGUACAAAAGCGGAUCUAAAUCAGCUGUUUGCUUAAGAUGUGGAGACUUUGGACAUGACAUGAUAUUGUGCAAGUAUGAGUACUCUCGAGAUGAUUUGAAGGAUAUACAGUGCUAUGUCUGUAAAAGCUUUGGCCAUCUGUGCUGUGUUGAACCUGGCAACUCACCGUCAUGGGCUGUGUCUUGCUACAGAUGUGGUCAACUGGGUCACAUUGGAUUGGCAUGUGGUAGAUACCAUGAGGAAAGCACAGAAAAAGAUUCUGCCAGCUCAUGCUUUAGGUGUGGGGAAGAAGGGCAUUUCUCACGUGAAUGCCCCAACUCGUCGAGCAUAAGCACUUCACAUGGAAGAGACUCGCCGAGUUUGUGCUACAGAUGUAAUGGAGCAGGACAUUUUGCUCGUGAAUGUCCGAAUUCCUUCCAGGUUUCUAAGAGUAACCGUGAGACAUCUACACCAUCGAGCAAUUCUCACAAGAAAUUCAAAGAAACUCCGGAAUACAAUUCUACUCCCUAUGAAUCCAAUGGGAAGAAGACUAAGAAGAAGAAGAGGAGUAAAGAAAACUCAGAACACGAUUCUACUCCCCAUGAAUCCAAUGGGAAGAAGAAGAAGAAGAGUAAAGAAAACUCGCAACAUUAUUCUACUCCCCAUGAGUCUAACGGGAAGUUGAAGAGUAAGAAGAAAACACAUAAAGGAGAACAAGCCCAUUCUACACCACAGAAAUCAAAACAGAGAGGGGGUUGGAUCACAGAGGAUCCGGAGGAAGAUUCUUUCCAAAGAGGAAAGAUGAGGAGACUGAGGUCUCCUGUUACACCAUCGGGUCAUAACCACCAUAGGGUACCCACUACAUAUAUGGGUGGUCAUAAGCAAAGGUCACCAACAUUCCAUUCCGGUGGGAAUUUUCCGACCACACCAUAUGGUAGAAACUCAUCAUUCGAGUCUAGUGGGCGUGUCUCGAGUCAUCCACCUUCAAGGUGGCAGCCAAAUUAUCCUUCUUCCCGUCAUCAUCAGCAUAAUCAAAGAUAUGCACCUGCACCCUCAAGGUAUGGUUCGGCCCACCACUAUGACGAGUUUCAAGGGGACUAUGGUCGUUGGUAGUGUCAAUAGAUCUGGUCAGCGACGAUCUAGCUCGAAAUCAGUUAUGCUUGAUGGUCUUUGUUGGGGAUCACAGGUUAGCUUAGUUUCCAUAGGCGUCUAGUAUUUGUAUCAAGUUUUGGGGUCAGCAUUAUGUUUUGUUAUCCUCACCAAACACAAUUUGUUUAGUCAGUCCUCGUUUCCUUUCCCCAUGUCAACACAUCAGAUUUUUCUUUGUUUUAUCUAGGCUUGAGACGGAUCGGGUAUCCGGGCAAUUUUAAAGUAUCCAGAUUCAGAUCUUUA